GUGGUUGGCCACAGAGCUGAGCAUCCUCCUCCACCUCCUACUACAGCUCCUCCUCUUCCUCCUGAUGCUCUGCUAAUGAUCCUCCGCAUCACUACAGGCAUCCGCAUCCUUCCACCGCUUGAACACGGGACUCCGCGCGCUCGAAAGACAGAGGAAGAGGGGACACAGGCUAUUCUUCACCUACCGCCGCGAGCCUCUCCAAAACCCCCGAUUACUGGCACUAACGGUAAGCGAUGGAGAGUUUGCUGGACAACCCUAUGAAAGCCGUGCUUUAUCUCAAAGAACUGACGACCAUCGUGCAGAACCAGCAGAGCCUCAUCCAGACACAGCGGCAGAGAAUCGACGAUCUCGAGCGGAAGGUGCAGGACCUGAUUGGAGAAAACCGGCGCCUUAGAGAUCCGCAUCAGCAUCAGCACCACCAACAUCAGCAUCAGCAUCAGCAGCCACAGCCACAGCAUCAGCACCAACAUCCACCUCCUCCUCCACCGAGGAGCAGCAGCCCACCGCCAACAUCCGGCCCGCAUCCUGCAGCAGCCGGAACUCCGGGCCAGGCGCCGCAGCAUCACCCUCCUCCGCCAGUUCAUCACCAUCACCACCACCCUCCACCUCCUCCACCCCCGCAUCAUCAUCCCUCUCCGCCGCGACAGCUGCAGCUGGUGCCCGCUGCCACCCCGUGCAGCUCCGGUUCUCCGCCCGAGGAGCGGGAGGAGCGCGCGAGGAGCCCGCGGUGCAGAUCGCUCGUGCCGCAGCCGCCUGUGAGCUUCUGCCGCUCGGCCGGACUCGCCAGAAAAGCCGAGAACCAAACAGUGCUGCACCAGUUCUGCUGCCCUGCACCAGACGCUCCGGAUGCUCCUGAGUCUGACAAUCAGGCCUGCGUACCCAGCAGUGAAGACACUCCAUGUGUCUCUCCAGAGGGCCCUGCGCCACCUCCGGAUGGAGACGUGUCUACUCCACUGGCUGAUGGAGGAGGGGGGGAUGGAGGAGAAAAGCUGGUGCAAGAGUCUCCAGAGCCAGUGGUGGCGGUGGAGGUGGAAGUGAAGGAGAGAGAGAUUGAGAAUGAAGGAAUAAAACCCACGGCUGAGUCCCCAGAGCAGCAUCAGCAGCAGGAGAAGCAAGAGGAGGAAGGAAAGAAAGAAACAGACGAAGAGGAGGCUGGAGGAGGGAGGGGAGGUGCAGGAGGAGGCAGGAGGCCCAGCUUGCACCACACUGCAUCCUCUCCUAUGAGGGUACAAAGGAACGGGGCCUGCAGCCAUGCCAACGCUUCCGACUACGAGCUCUCGCUUGACCUCAAAAACAAGCAGAUCGAAAUGUUAGAGCACAAAUAUGGGGGCCACCUCAUCUCGCGUCGUGCUGCCUGCAAAAUCCAAACAGCCUUCCGCCAGUACCAACUCAGCAAGAACUUUGAGAAAAUCCGCAACUCCCUGCUGGAGAGCCGGCUUCCUCGUCGAAUCUCCCUGCGCAAGGUGCGUGUUCAAAAUGCUGAGGGCUUCUCAGCUGAGAGGGCACUGGCCGAAGGCUGCUCCGUUGCAGGUAUUCCUCUGGUCCGGUCCCCAUCACUUCCUGUCACUGUGGGUGGCAGUCUCACAGACCUAGAAGACUCCUUUACAGAACAGGUACAGUCACUAGCCAAGUCCAUUGAUGAUGCCCUUAGCAACUGGAGCAUGAAGACCAUGUGCUCUUUGCAGGAGGGUAGCACCUAUCAGUUUAGUUCUGAAGCCUUUGCCACUGCAGGUUGCAAACCAACAGUGGCUGUAACUGUUGGGGAGAGUGGUACCCUGGACCAGACCACCCUCCCGAGUGGUACAGUGUUAGGAGACAAUGCAGAUAACAUGCCCCGUAAUGCCAGCAAGCUAAUGAUGGCCUUUCGGGAUGUGACAGUGCAAAUUGACAGUCAAAGUUUCCACGUGUCCUCCUCUGUCAGGGAGUCCUCCACAUCAGUAUCCCUUGGAAACUGUGUGCAGCAGGGGGCUACAGUGACCGAGACCCUUAAACAGCCCCCAGUAGAAGAAACAAAACUCAUAGAACACCCCCCACCUCCACAGGAACCAAUUCCUCCUCCUCCAGAGUCAGAUUUUGGAGAAAUACCAGAUAAUGAUUUCCCAGCACCUCCACCCUGCGAUGAGCAAUUUGAAGAAGAUCUACCACCUCUUGCCUUGGAGAAGACAGAGGCUCCAGUGCCAGAGGUUGCAUUCCCCGUGGAGACAACAGAAGAGGCCAUACCUACAGUAGGACAGAUUCCAGUGGCCCCUACUGUUGAGGUUCUGGAGGCCAAGCGACAACUUUCAGACCCAGCUGACAAUAGCUCAGAGCAGAUGAGCAGCAGCAGUACAUCAACAUCUGCCCGCUCAGCUUCUGAGGCCUCAUCCAAGGAAGCACUGCAGACUAUGAUGCUCAGCCUGCCACGCUACCACUGUGAGAACCCAAGCAGCUGCAAAUCACCUACCCUCUCCACAGAUGUCAUGCGCAAACGCCUAUAUCGUAUUGGUCUCAACCUCUUCAAUGUAAAUCCAGAUAAAGGCCUCCAGUUUCUCAUCUCACGAGGUUUCAUUCCUGAUACACCAAUAGGCGUUGCACACUUUCUGCUGCAGAGGAAAGGCUUGAGCCGCCAGAUGAUCGGCGAGUUCCUCGGGAACAGCAAGAAACCCUUCAACAGAGAUGUUCUGGAUUGUGUGGUAGAUGAAAUGGAUUUUUCUGGGAUGGAGCUGGAUGAGGCUUUAAGAAAGUUCCAGGCUCAUAUCCGUGUUCAGGGAGAAGCACAGAAAGUGGAGCGGCUCAUCGAAGCGUUCAGCCAGCGCUACUGCAUGUGCAAUCCGGAUGUCGUGCAGCAGUUCCACAACCCGGACACCAUCUUCAUCCUAGCCUUUGCCAUCAUACUCCUCAACACAGAUAUGUACAGCCCUAACAUCAAACCUGACCGCAAGAUGAUGCUGGAGGAUUUUAUUCGCAAUUUGAGAGGGGUGGAUGAUGGAGCAGACAUUCCCCGGGAUAUGGUGGUGGGCAUUUAUGAGCGAAUUCAGCAGAGAGAACUCCGGUCCAAUGAAGACCAUGUGACAUACGUCACCAAAGUGGAGCAGAGUAUUGUUGGAAUGAAGACGGUCCUCUCAGUCCCUCACAGAAGACUGGUGUGCUGUAGUCGUCUUUUUGAAGUAACCGACAUCAACAAAGCCCAGAAACAAGCUUCUCACCAGAGAGAAGUGUUCCUUUUCAACGACCUCAUUGUGAUUUUGAAGCUUUGUCCAAAGAAGAAGAGCUCUGCUGCCUACACGUUCUGCAAAGCCAUGGGCCUAUUGGGGAUGCAGUUCCACCUGUUUGAAAAUGAAUACUAUCCCCAUGCGAUUACCAUUGUGUCUCCGGUCUCUGGUUCAGAUAAGAAGCAGGUCUUGAAUUUUUGUGCUCUGAGCUCAGAAGAGCUGCUCAAGUUUGUGGAGGACCUGAAGGAGUCCAUUGCUGAGGUGACUGAAAUGGAGCAGAUACGCAUUGAAUGGGAGUUGGAGAAGCAGCAGGGAGCUAAAACACUCACUUCUAAGAACAAUGGCACCCAGUUGGAGAUCCGUGGGAGACAGACCUCUCCAUCGGGCAAAAUUGAAGCAGAGACAGCGCAGAGUGGACACAGUGCGGUAGAGGUGUCAAUUCACAACAGGCUUCAGACGUACCAGCUCAGUGCAGUGCCAUCCCCAGAGAGCGCCGCCCUUCUUAACCAGCGGGGGGAGCUGUGCCAGGCGCCGUGUGCCAGCCCUGCACCCUCGUACCCUCAGCAGCGGCCUGACACGCUCAUCCAGUGCCAGCAGAUUGUGAAGGUCAUCGUGCUGGACAAAGGCGGUCACGGGCAUGUUGAGCCCCUCCUCGGUCAGAGCCCCACCCACCAGCUUAUCUCGUCACCUGAUGGGGGUGGAGCCCAGCGGGAAAAGGAUGGGUCUCAGCCUCCGCUACCUCCGCCUCCUCCACCAUACAACCACCCUCAUCAGUACAUCCCCCCUGACCCUCGCUUAUCGCUGCAUAGGACCCUGAGUGGCUCUCGAAGUAUAGUGUAGAGCUUAAAAAAAUACCUAAAGCUGAAAAAAUAUAUAGAUAACCUCCACGUGCUUACCAUUUGUGUAUAUAUGUAAACAUACAGAGAAAUAUUAAUGAAAGAAGAAAACAAAUACACAUAUAAAUACGUAUAUUUACGGUUAACUAAUAAAAAAAAUAAAAUAAGUAUGUACUUUAUUAACUUUGCAAAUAUGUGAUAAAAAAAAAAAACCAAUGUGAAAAGAAGAUUUACUUGAUUCCAGCUGAUUUUGAAAAACAAAAUGUAGUUUUAAAAUAUUUCUUUGUCACUUUGGACUCUGACAGGUCAACACCAGUCAUUAUUUGGAAGAAUUUCACUGCUAUUUUUAGAGCUAAAUGAGAAAAGGAAUUAAUCAAAAUACUAAAAAAGCAGCCAAAAUGACAACCUGUCUCUGAGCUAGGUCUCAUUUAUUUUAGUCUUUUAUUAACUUACUGUAAAACCUAUUGUGUGUAUGUGUGAGCACCAGACUGAUGAGUGACAUGUGCCAAAAUAUGAAAAGAAAAUAAUUGAAUACAUUGUAACUGCAAUAUCUUUUCUCAAACUCUGUAUGUGGUCCAUAUCAUGCUCCUUUUUUAAAAUGGGGACGUAUUAUGUUAUUGCUCUACAUUUCAGAUAAAACCCUUGAUUGUCCUGCUUUUAGCCAAACCUUGAAACUUUGCAUCUGCUAUUGCUCUUUUGCUCAGGAACUCUAGAACGUAUAUGAACAUGUAGCAUCUCAGAACGUAGGUGGCAGUAAUAAAGAGGACUUUUUAAUCCCGGCUUCCCUUUUUGCACACAUGGAUAUCUGCUUGGCAUUCUGUGAUCCGAUUUGAAAAACAACAGCAUAAUGACUCUGACUGUUUCCUUGACACAGAUUUCUUCUCCAUCAUCUGCACUUACUGGAUAUAUUGAACCCUUGCAUCUAUUGGACCUGAAGUUCACUUAGCGUCAUGUUCGUUUUCCCUCAGUAUAACUCUGUUCACUCUUUUGAUGUAACAUUUAAAAAGAGAUUUUUGAGACAAAACACUUGAAUGUUAAUGUUUGUUUCCUGUUUGUUUAGUCCCAUUUGAGAUGGAUGUGGAAUUGGGAGUUUUUUGCUUGUUUUUUCAACCUAUAUAAAUAUAAUUUUCUGGGUCUGGACGGGGUGUUAAAUGGUAAAUGUUAAGUUUUUGAUCUGUCCACAUUUCUGACAUGUCAUUGUCUGCCAAGUCUAUAAUUGUAUUAAUCACUAUCAAUUUGUCUUAAAUAGGUAUUCGUUUUAGCUUCCCUAUUCUCCUAUCCAGCAAAGAAUUUGGUUUAUUAUUAUGGUGCUGCUGUUCAGAGCUCCCUAUCUGAUCCAGUCCCCCGUGUUUUCAUUCCAAAUGCAUUUCCAUGCUUGGUAUUGGAAAUGAGAGCAAGCGAUCUCUUUGGAGCUUGUCUGUAGUCAGAGUUGAUUUACUGGACCUGACUUGUUGAUUGGAUAGCAUCAGACUGCCUAUUCCCAUCUCCGCUACCUAUCACCACUGCUCCCUGUCUCUCUCUCUCUCUCUCUCUCUCUCUCUCUCUCUCUCUCUCUCUCUCUCUCAACCCUCAAAAACAAGGUACUUAAUGGACCUCUGUCCUAUAUCAAGGAGAACUCUAUCCUCUCUUACUUCACCUGGUUUGAAGUUAAGGACUAAAAAUGUUCUAAAAUGGAGGCUUAAAAAAAGUUGACGUAGUCUCUGCAGCCUUCUAAUCAUAACGUUCCCAAAAGUCAAGCUGCUUCGUCCCUGCGUAUGAAAUAUUGAAUGAAUGACAUUCAUUAUUCACGAGGUAAAAAUCUCCUAAUAAACUCUGCACAACUCUUUGCUUUUCUGAGUGUAUAGUGCCUGAAAGAUAUAACCACGCUAUAUGUGCUUAUAGGGUAUAAGAUGUUUAGAUAGUGUCAAAGCAACUACAGCCAAAGGCUACAAUGCUAAUGCUAGCUCUGGGUUUGACUGACACAGAAAGGGCUAGUACACUGAGUAGCUGCCUUCAAAUAACACUGACAUCUGCAUCGGGCUAGCAGGGUGUGCAUAUGGGGCUCUGACAUAAGAACCAUGUUUUUUCCCAGUUGCUUUGACCCAUUUUCUUCUUCAUCUGUGUUAUCUACAUGCUAUUGAAAUAAACAUUUCUGUAUAGACA